CCAAAUUACCAAUGAAGUAUAACGUGAAGGUCGUGUCGAGUAUAAGUGAAUGUAAAAUAAUGUUCUUAAUGAUGUAGACAUAUAUAGUUUGAAUCAAUAUCGGUAAAUUAAGCAAUUCCGUAGGCUCGUAUAACAAUUUAGAGAGUCGUAGCAUGAACAUUUUACUAAUGAUGCAGGGAGAAAUAAUUGAUGCAGUAUUUCAGUAACUUGGUCAAUAUAAAAGAAGCUAUGUUCAACCUCGUGACACAUUCAAAGUCCUCAUGUAUUUUAUCAGAUGGUACUUCGUUAGCAUUGCGGUUAACUGUGCACCUGUCGAGAAGGUGCAUUCGCUUUGUAUCUUGAGCAAAAAUAAUAGAGUUUCUAGACACGGAUAAGUAUAAUAGUUGUUGCAAAAUCAUUCCAUUGUUAUAGGUUUACGUUAAUCAAUCGAACGCGCCAUUCUUAACGCAAUCAUUUUGUAGGAAACUUGAGAAAUGUUCAAACCAAUUAACCUCAUACGCGUGAAAAUUAUGGGAUAAUUAAGUGUGUUAAAUUUUGCUGCAAUAUUAAAUGUUAAAACUUUGUUUUAUUAGAUUGACUCGAGUAAUUUAUGUUCCUGAUUAUCAUUACAAAGUGACAAAAAGAGCGAGUGCGUCACAUUAAUCUUCUAUCCGACGACACACGACCGCCGCUGUAACCUUUAACAGAUAGUUGAUAACAUCCAUCCAACGGGAAAAUGGAAUUAACAUUAGCCAAUACGACUCCCAUCUUACAAACGUAUUGGUCACUCAUCAAUGUAAACGCAACCAACAACAAAAAUUUGAUGACACUAUGAAAAUCAAGCACUAUCCUGGAAAAGCGGUCAUGGAGGACCCGUGGCUGUCCAUUACGGACAGAACUAUGGACCUUGUGUACGCAGCGAACUGGGUCGGAGCUAAAAACCUAAGUUCGUAUAAUGAAAACGAUGACCAAUCAAACAGUGUUAAAUUCAACUCAAUAUCAAGAAGCAAGUCGUGCAGAGACAUUGGACGUACGAAUGACAAGGAUUAUGAUAGCAAAACAUAUUCAUUGGAGGAUAAUGACUAUAGUUAUUCUAAUGAUGUUCCUAAUGAUAACAUAUCUCAAUUAGCUAAAUAUCAACAAAACAUAGAAGAGAAGGCAAGAGCAAAUAAUAACCUUCUGGCACAGAAUAAAUUGAAACAUAGUUAUAGUUUUAAAGAUAUGCCCAAUGGGUACAGACCGUCUACAUUAAGAAGGGUGAAACGAAGAAAUUUCACUGAGUGGGAUAUUGAAGCAUUUGCAUCGAACAGCAAACAGCCACCUGUGCCCCCGCAACGUAAGGAUUCGUUAAAGUAUGCACACCGGCAGAGGAAAGUGGACACUAAGAAAAAUUAUUACCCGCUCCCCGAUCCAGGAGCGGUCCCCCCUGACCCGUCUUCUGAAUCUUACUACGACUACUACUCAAGAGUCAGUCAACAAAACAACGACACUGACAGUGAUAAGAUAAAACAGAUGCAAAAGGACACGAAAAAAGAUAAGACCUCACAUAGCGAACCUAAACAAAAUGGGAAUACUAUGUAUCAAUUAAUAAAUUCUAUGGCAACUUUAGACUUAAGUCAAAUAAAACAGAGGAACGGAAAACAGAACCUCGAUAUGGAUUUCGAAGCGGAAGAUUUAGAUACGUACAUGCAGCCUAUUAACCAGUCGUUAUCUACAUGCGAUCAACUUCCUAAGCACACAACGCAACUGGCAAACGAACGAAACGGACGCAUCGAAGAUACUAAACCUAGCUUUCGUUCUAAGUCAUUGAGAGUAAAAAGCGAAGGGAGAGCGCCUCUGAGAGCUUAUCUCGAUGCAGUCCAACCCGAAGGAAGUUAUAAUGGAGUCACUGUCACUCAACCGAAAAGAAAUUUGUCGCCGAGCGAACAGCUGACGUUAAUGCAGUACGAAAUGUUCAACGGAAGCAAAAGCCAAGCCACCCCGCCGAUUGCUAAUGGGUUACACUCUACUGAUCUGGGUAAAGAAAGUGACUAUCGGACUACAAACGGUGUUACGAAACAAAUCAAACGUGAUAAAUAUGGAAAGCAGCUUUACAAUACAGUGCGAGUGAAAAGUGAUGAUAGGUAUGACAGGUAUAACGACAUUAUGUCUUUCGGGGCACAAAAAGACCGUAUCAGUGAGGAACGUGUUACAAAUGGCAAUGGUGUGUUCUCUAGAAGUGCAAAAAGUUCAUCUAGUGGGUCAGACUCGGAUUUCUCAAUACCUAGACCUAAGUUAAUAGUGCCCGUUCACACGUACGGGACUAGAAAAAGGAGGACAGGUAAUCUCUGUCAGCGGGACAGUAAUGCGACCGAGUCGUCACUGGACGCUGGCGUGUUAUUAGACGUAACACGUCUUGAAGAUCCCAGCAACAAGUCCGUGGAUAAAUAUCAUCGGAAUGGUGAAACAGAGGGUCGAGUGGAAGUAUCCCGGGAGAACAAGUACCUCAGUACGAUGGCUCCGGGCAAGGUCUUCGGCGAGCUCGCGAUUCUGUACAACUGCAAACGUACGGCCACCAUCAAGGCUGCUACUGACUGCAGGCUGUGGGCCAUCGAGCGACAAUGCUUCCAAACCAUCAUGAUGCGUACUGGACUCAUCCGCCAGGCUGAAUAUACUGACUUCCUUAAGAGUGUACCGAUCUUCAAAGAUUUGCCAGAAGACACCCUUAUCAAGAUAUCCGAUGUACUCGAGGAGACACACUACCAGAAUGGAGAUUACAUCAUUAGGCAAGGAGCUAGGGGUGACACGUUCUUCAUCAUCUCUAAGGGACAGGUGAAAGUAACUCAGAAACCGCCAAACACUAACGAUGAGAAAUUCAUUAGAACUCUCACGAAAGGCGAUUUCUUCGGUGAGAAGGCGUUGCAAGGGGACGAUCUUCGAACGGCGAACAUUAUCUGUGACUCGCCGGAGGGCACGACGUGUCUCGUCAUCGACCGAGAGACCUUCAACCAGCUGAUCUCGACUCUCGACGAGAUCCGCACCAAGUACAAGGACGAAGGAGAAAGCAGGGCACGAUUGAACGAAGAAUUCGCAAACCUGCGUCUAUCAGAUCUCCGCAUCAUUGCCACACUUGGUAUCGGAGGCUUUGGUCGCGUGGAGCUAGUCCAGAUCCAGGGCGACUCCAGCAGAUCUUUCGCCCUGAAACAGAUGAAGAAGGCCCAGAUCGUUGAGACGAGGCAGCAACAGCACAUCAUGUCAGAAAAGGAGAUAAUGUCCGAAAUGAACUGCGAAUUCAUUGUCAAGUUGUAUAAGACGUUUAAAGAUCGUAAAUACUUGUAUAUGCUGAUGGAGACUUGCCUUGGAGGAGAGUUGUGGACUAUUUUAAGAGAUCGAGGACAAUUUGAUGACGCUACUACAAGAUUCUACACAGCUUGCGUUGUUGAAGCCUUCCACUACCUUCACUCACGGAAUAUUAUUUACAGGGAUCUCAAGCCAGAGAAUUUACUAUUAGACUCGAAAGGCUACGUAAAACUAGUGGACUUCGGUUUCUCAAAGAAGCUUCAAGCAAGUCGCAAGACCUGGACGUUCUGUGGUACACCGGAGUACGUUGCUCCUGAGGUUAUCAUGAACAGAGGUCAUGAUAUCAGCGCGGAUUACUGGUCAUUAGGUGUCCUCAUGUUUGAGUUGCUGACUGGUUCACCGCCUUUCACGGGCACCGAUCCCAUGAAGACAUACAACAAGAUCCUUAAGGGUAUCGACGCAGUGGAGUUCCCUCGUUGCAUCACAAGGAACGCAGCCAACCUCAUCAAGAAAUUGUGUCGCGACAACCCUGCAGAACGACUUGGUUACCAGCGGGGAGGUAUCACGGAGAUACAGAAACACAAAUGGUUCGAUGGCUUCAACUGGGAAGGUCUUGCACUUCGUUCCCUGGAGCCGCCGAUCACUCCUGUUGUGAAGUCUCCAGUCGACACACACAACUUCGAUCAGUACCCAGCUGACGGCGAUGAACCGCCACCAGAUGACCUUUCUGGAUGGGACAAUAACUUCUAAGUGUCCACAGCCCAUAUUCAGGCAGAAGAUUCAUUUCUUAUAAAUCACAAAAGUAAUUUUAGAUUUAGUCCGAGACGCCAAAAGUAAAUGCAAUAUAAUUUUAAGACAAUUGCUUGUUUGGCAUAUAUUUUAAAUUUAUUUUUUUCAUGAUACGUAUGAAGUGGCAACAAUUCAAGAUAUUUCAUGUCUUAAGAUGUACAAGCUUCAGCUUUUGUUACCUCUGUCCUAUGGUGGAAAAGGAUGGCGCUAUCUGUCUACAUAUUGCCAUCCCUCACUUUUACUGAAACUAUUGUUAUUCUAAUGCCACAAUACAGUCUUUAUACAAUUCGAGAAUACUUUAAAAUAUGGCGUUCUUUAUUACGUUAUGUCAAGGCGAGUAAACUGGUUUCUCACAUUCACGACAGUUGAAAGUUAUUAAUGCCAUUAAUUUUAUAGUUGUUAGCUCUUGCCAGUUGUUUAUCAACUGAUAGUGUUUGUUCAGAGUCAUUUGAAUACAAUAAUACUAUCAUUUAUUCUGGCACUCGAAAAUAAACCGUAAUGCCUACUGGAAUAAGGUGUAUAAAUGCCUAAUUUGCCUCGUUGUGUUUGCGUGAACAUUUUAUUAUGUUCAUACGUUCUAAUUAUGUACUUUAUGUCAAAGGCCUAAAGUUGAUUUUCGAGUGCUACGCAAUUCUCUUUGCUGCGUUGACCCUAAAGCUCUGAACACCACUAUAUAUUGUAAAUAGCAUAAAUUAUACUCUAGCUUAAAGUCUCAACUAUUGAAUAUUAUUAUUUCUUUUUUAGUAAAACGUUGCUAUAUUAUUCAUUUCAACAAUACAAGUAGUACAUUAACAGUAAUUGUAUGGUUCUAUUACUUUUGUACUUAUUUAAUCUUUAUGUAAGUAUGUAUUUAAAAGGAGGUUUUGAUUGUGAUGCUUUUUGAUAAUGCUAUAAUCAUGAUUAAUGAUUGAGACAGAUGAGACAUGAUUAAUAAUCAUGAUUUAUAAUAAAAUAUAAUAAAUUAAAUUAAUGUUUUAAGAGAUUUGUGUUUAUAUACAUAUUCUUAUAUGAAGUACCGACUUUUUGUCACGCUUGAAGUUUUAUAAGUUACAAGAUUUCACCCUACUAAGGCACAUUAUUAUAUAUUUAUUUAUUUUGACUACUUUCUGACAAGAUGGUAAUUCUUAAGGAAUUCUUAUACUUGGUGCCAACUUGAUCACUACAUGCUUUAUUAUUAGCCGUCAAGAAAAGACCAGUGUGGAAGUGAGAUGCCGCUACUCACAUUGUAGAGCGCUGUCUCUCUCCCACAAUGUACCUUCAAAUAUUUUUGUAUACCUGUGUCCUGUUCUUCUCUGUCAUAGAUGCGAAUGCUUCUUAUAGCGUAUUAGUGGUGACCUAAAUGCCAAAAUAUUGUGUUACCACGUUUAAAUGCACACUUUUCUCUUCCUUUUUAAAUAUAGUUUUUAGUAAUGAAUUGAUAAUGAGCUUAUUUUGAAAAUUUGACCUCGCCCGCUAGCUAAACAAUAUUGAAACAAGGCUUUUAUACUAGCCUUUUUAUAAGGACGAAUAACCUUCUACAGAAAUAAAUAAGCGUGUAAUAUAUUUACCAUAUAAUAUCCAUGGUAUUAAAUAUUAAGCGAUCAGUAUCGAUGUGUAUGCCAACUGUUAACGUUCAUCCAACGUUGGAGCCAAUGUUGUUUGCAAAACCAAGGAUUUGCUUUGAAUGUUGGAACCAACGUUUGUAGCCAGCCCAAUACGUAACUAGUACAUUAUGGGUAGAUGAUUGGUACUAACCAAGGCACAAUAACUAAAAAAUUUAAUUAUACUGUAAUAGAAAGUAAACUGCAAUUUUCUCCGAGAUCUAGUAACCGUACUAGAUUUUGAUUUUUUUUUUUGGGACAAUUGCAAUAAAAUCAAGAUAGAAUUGAAAAAGCUUUUCCUUAAAUGAUUUUCUUUUCCUCGAUUCAAUUGAAAUGUAUAAUAUUAUAACUAAGAAUUAUUUUAACAAAUAAAUAAAUAUUUUAAUCGUUUAUACAAAUAUUUGGUUCACAUAAUAGUUACCCAAUAAAGUGACAAGUAAACCGAAAUAUAUGUAAAUUUUAUUUUGAAUUUAAUGUAUUUAUUAAGAAAUGUAUAAAUAAAUGUAUUCAAGAGUCCACUAAUAGUUAUUUUAGUAUGUUUAGUUGGUCAUGUACUAAACUUAUGAAGCUUAUUGGUAGCUAUCUCUGAACAUGACAUAAUUUAAGACUUAGGUAACAUUUAAUUCAUAUUAAUAGUCAAUUUAAUUAUAAGUCUUCCAUAUCUAGGCGUACGCGUCAUUGUAAAUAUUCUUUAGUAAAUUUAAACGUAAAUAUACAUCUUGUAAGUUUGAAUUAUAACAAAGUUUGGGUGAUGCAAUCAAAGCUAUGUAACUACAAA